AUGAGAAGAUUGUCCGCACGAUUUAUUCCCCUGCUUACCGUAGUAACCUUAGCUCUUGGACAAGAGAACUAUGGAAAUAAGCUAACAUUUGGGAUGAAGAAAGUGGCCUCUGCAACCAACCAAUUCGGUAUAGAUAUGUUUCGGACUAUGACACGCAGUCACAAUUUGACCAGCAUGGCUUUCAGUCCUCUAAGUGUUAGUACAGCUCUGGCCGCAAUCAUGCUUGGAUCACGUGGAGAAACAACGAUGACUCUUCGCCAUGCUCUAUACCUGUGGGGGAUGUAUCCUGAUGCAAUCCACCAAGCCUACCGUGAUUUGCUAAGCCACAUAGCUAACAAUCUUCGAGCAUCGGUCAUUCCUCGAACCCCUGGUGACAGGUUCAGAUUUUCAGAAGAGUCUGACAAUGAACUGCUCUUCUACAGUUCCAUGUACGUGCAGAGGGAUUAUGCCAUUAAGUAUCCUUUCCAAAAGGAUCUUCUUGAAUAUUACAAUACGACUGUCCAUCCUUUGGACUUCGUGAUGAGCAGAGAAGAGACAAAAGAUCACAUCAAUGCCGUCGUAGCUAAACAAACUAACGGAAGGAUCAUGAACAUCCUACCAGACAUGCCUCCAAUGACCACAAACAUUCUGUUUCUGAAUGGGCUUCAUUUUGUUGGAAGUUUAGACAUGACGAGCUCGGACAAUGUCCACUUCAUUAGAGAUUACAAAACAAGUGGGUUUCGACCACAAAACAGUCGAUAUAACAGCGACGACAACCCAUUAGUAAAAAACUCGAAACAAACUGGACCACGCUAUGGAGAGCACGCCUAUCUUAAUGCUAGGGCUGUAGAAAUUCCUUUCAGGGGAGGCUUGCUGUCGUUGGUAAUUCUUCUCCCUAAAGAGCCUACUAGUAUGUCUCUUCUUGAAACACGCCUGUCUGCCCAGCGACUUAGUGACGUUAUUUUGAACAUGCAUCCAAAGAGUGUUAAUCUAAAGAUGCCACACAUCAAAACGGAAGAGAAUCACAGAAACAUGUUGGCUGAACUCGGAAACAUGGGCCUCGGUAGUAUUUUCACUCCCGGAUAUGCAAGCUUGUAUGGUAUGAGCGAUUUCCGCUGGCUUCACAUCACCGACAUCAUCCACAAAGCUUGUGUAGAAAUUAAAGGUGUAGACCAUUCAACUACAGCAACAACGCAAUCUGGUGGCAAGGAAGUAGUUAACAUUAUACUAGAUCGGCCUUUCAUGUAUUUUAUAAUGGAUAAUGUUAGCGGGUUGGUCAUUGCUAUGGGAAAGUUUUCUAGUUAA